AUGAAUUGCCAGAAACGGAAGGACGUUUAUUGUUUAACGCGGCUGUCGAUUCUGCUUCUGGUGUGUUUUGCUGGAGCAAUAGAGGUCAGUGUCUCUCCUGAAGUCCAAGUGGUGAGGACAGGGAACGUGGUCAAGUUGGCCAUCAAGUGCAUUCUCGAUCAACGUGAAUACUGCAAAGAUAAACCACUCGGAUUUGAGUUCAAUGAUGGAUGCCGUGCAUGUCAGUGCAAACCAGAUGAUUCCUACUGCUCUACCACCGAGUGCGUCCAGUUAGCAGAAGAAGGCACCGAACCAGAGAAGUACUGCAAGGAUAUCAUGGAAAACAAUAUGAAAUCUGUUAUUAAAAGAGUUUCGGCUGGAGAAGUUGGAAUGGAGAGGAGUACAUAUUCUACAUCGUCCCCAAAACAUACCGAAGGUAACUUGGAGAGGCAAAAAGUGAGCGAAGUUCAGCCAGGUGGCAAUGAGGUGGAAGUAAACAGCAUUGCACCGGUAUUUUCUGAAUUCAACUUUAUACGAGGAGGCAGACAUGGGCGACCUAUGCAAAAGCCAGUUUUCCAUCCAAUGAAUAAUGAGCAUAAUGGUUUUCCGCAUAUGAUGGGGCCUCCCAGGCCUAUGUCCUUUCCAAAUAACAUGGAUAGGAUUCAAGGUUUUCAUGAUGUUCCCUUGGACAUGACGAUCUCAUCUUUGAACGGACCCGAAGCUGUGGGAAAGGUGCCAGAUCGGGAUUUCCAUGGACCAGUGAUCGGCAGCGAUGGCGUUGAGCCUAAAAAUGCCACCGCAGAAGCCCUUAAAGAUACAUUCCGACGAUUGCUCGUGCCAACACUUGUAAGGGAAAACGAUAAGAAGGUUUUCGGCAGUUCCCAGAAUAUGGUUGGAAAAGUCUCUCUGGAGAAAGUCGACGGGAAUAUUCAGAAAGAUACUUCAGACAGGCCAAGCGGUGACGUCAAAGAUGAAAAAAUGAGUACUAUCAACAGGGUCUUGGGCUUGUUUUCCCAGCUGCUCACAGAUGACACUGUAACAAAAUCAACCCAACAGGGAAAGUCAAGCAAAAGAAAAGCAAAGAAGAAAAGGAAAGUGAAGAAAAACCGGAUGUCAGAGAAUAAGAAAGGCUUCCCGAGAGAUGUCAUGCAUGGUGGUCCGAUACAAAAUGACAUCUCACAUGAUGGUCCGAAUUUUCCACAGGAUAUACCUAUGUUUGCCCCUCCCAAUAGAUUUGAAGUUCCACCACAUGUUGCCGGAAGACCUGAUCAGCCUGAAAAUCCUGCCGGAAUCGGUUAUCCUAAUUUCGGUGGAAUGGCAUUUCCUGAUAAAUUCUGGACAAUGGGACAUCCAGGAAGGCCUCAUGGUCCCUUGUUUCUUCAGCAUGAACCCCCCAUACAAGAACCAAUGUAUGAUCCCUUGCAUGGACCAAAUAACGGACCCGAGAUGCCUUUUGAUGGCCCACAUUCCGAUGCUUAUGGUCCAAUCCCGGGAUAUGACUAUGAAAUGGAAUCAGGUAACAUGUUAUUUGGUCCGCCAGGAAGGCAUGAAACCGGCGACUGGAACAAUGUCAUGGGGGUUAAAAGCGGUAUAGCGUCGAAAUCUGCGAAAAGUACUUCCAGCAAUAAAUCGGAGGCAGAUGGUGACAAAACUGAAACACCCAACACGCAAAAAUCCGCAGCUCUACCACGCGCUUCCGUUUUAUUAUCUCCAAGUCGAACGUUUUUCCUAGUUGCCAAAGUUCUGCGCCGGCCAUCAAGUCACACUAGUUCUGUGAAACCUACCUCGACGAACCAUCGUUCCGUGCGACAAAUUUCGAAAAUAAAAGAUCUAGUUCGAAAAGUGAGACGCCUGCAAGGUGAAGUAAAACGUAUCAGAUAUAAACUAUACCACUGUAACAGUUAUCGAAAACGCAUACGAUAUGCACUACAAGCACAACUGAAUGUGCCCCAUAACUCUGCCACACCGAGUAAGAUGCUACUUCGUAGCAUAACAUCGGCUUUGGUUGGAGGCUAUUUGUGGAACUUGGUGUAUUAAUGCCUGUGCAUGUUUUGAGUGACAAAAAUGAGCCAUGUUGUUUAAGUGAUCAUAAUAAAAGAGCGUUUUGCAACGAAUUUUG